AUGGGGCACAGCGGAGAUUUUCCGUCUGCGGUGGACUGUACAUACCCCGAAAAUGACGACAGUAGUCACAUCCCAAAAACAAAAACUAAAGAAAGAAUGGCCGCCGUUGAAGAGCAAUUGUCGAUACUAAUGAAACACAUGAAACAGCUUGCAAAUAAUGUCCAAGAUAUCCGUAAUACCCAGAGGACGCAAGGCCAUGAGGGUAAUGCAGCACAACACCCUCUACCUGUUAGAAGCUCUCCUCGCGGAGAUGGACCAACACAGCCACAGUUCAUAGGCCCGACGAGUUUCGAUUACAACUUCAACAUGGCUAGGAACACUCUACAACAGAUGGGUAUACAGUCAGAAGAUUUGAAUAGCCAAGCAAUGAGUUUGACAAGCCCUUUCCCGAGCCGUGCUCAGAGUCUAGAACCUACCAGAACACCAUUGAAUGCUGUGUAUCGUUGGAUAGGCAAGAGAUCCAGCAUGCACUUGAGGUUUAUAGGGAGGAAUUGCACCCGCGCGAGGCAAGACGACUUUCGCCAGCAUCUGGUUGAUAGUGUGGAAGACGAAAUCAGCACUAUUCUUCGACAUUCUGAGGUAUCGAUACCAGAUUUGCAAAUUCUCACCUUGACAAGCAUAUACUACUUCCAUUGCGACGAGCCCGUACUUGCUUGGAGAAGAAUUGGCAAUGCGGCCAGAGCAGCAAUUGAAAUCGGGUUACAUCGUCGUGAGACUCUAGAGAAAAAAUUUUUGGAUGUCAACAUGCAGACUCAAGCAUUGAAAAUCUUUUGGUGCAUCUAUGUCUUGGAUCACCGCUGGGGCUUUGGCAUUGGGAUACCGUUCGUACUACACGAUGAGGAUAUUGAUCCUGCAUUGCCCACGCGUCAUUGCGAACCAUAUCUACGAUGCAUGAUAUCCUACGGGCAAAUCUGCUCUAAAGUCUGGAAAACUGUGGCUGGCUUUACCAAUAUCAACUCAAUCAGCAAAGACACGCUUAUUUAUCCGCGACUAGGUGAUGCCGCACAGAACCAGCCCAGAAUUUUGCAGAUGCUUCGUACCUUCCUCUGUAUCCGUGCAAACCACAUGCGUAUAUAUGUUCAUCGCCAUCAUAUCCUAUCCCCCCACAACAUUGCGCAGAACUCGAGCGCUGCACGUUUGGUCAUCGAUAUUGCCAAGGACACUAUUCAUGUUCUUGUGCAUCUACGUGAGACAUCUACAUUGUAUGAGACCCAGCAAGUCCCCUUCAACUACUUUUUGGUAUCCGCGUUUUCUGCAAUCUUUUUAGGAGUUUGUAAUGCUCCAGAGAGGUUUAGUCAGACAUGCCGUACAGAAUUCUACAGUGCAUUAGAACUUCUGUAUACUCUAUCUGCUAGAUCUUCUAUAACGCGUCGACUCUGGAAAGGUAUCAAGGGGCUACGGCAGAUUGCACCGCGUUUGGGUCUGUCCCCUACGAAAUUACCAGAAGCCACGACGCUACCUGUAUCGAUUGACAAUUCAAUCUACAAUAAUGUUCAUCAGACCGCGUCACCAUUUCCUCCGUACCGACAGCGGACAGCGACUACUUCAUCGUACAUUUCUGAUGAGCAAUGUAUUGCGACUGGCACCUUAGCCCCAACAACAGGGUUUAGUCAAUCAAUCCUUACCUCUCCAGAGGAUUGUCCACAGACCUCCUCCUCUUCCUCCACACAAUGCCCACGAUUAACAAGUCCUGCAAUAACCGAAACUAUUUCGACACUCACAGAUCCCUUGUCACUUCCCGCAUUAUGA